AACUGCAAGUACAGUUAAUGUAUCCGGCAGUCGUGUCUCUCAUCCUCAGCUGACUAGUAGCCAUGCAGCGGCUAAAUCAGCUGUUUGUUUGUGUGUUAGUGAGUGUGUACGUGGUGGCGGCUGCGGCUAAUGAAGCGCCUAUCGUACAAACCGCCCAGGGCAGAUUGAAAGGGACAACAGUUCGGUCGUGGAGUGGUAAAAAUAUUAUUUCUUUCAUAGGAGUUCGGUUUGCGGAGCCACCUGUGGGGCAAAACAGGUUUAAGGAUCCGAUCUCAGUCAAUUCAUGGAAUGGAGUCCGCAACGCUACAGAAGAUCGUCCUCUUUGUCCUCAACUUGUUCCUGAUGACAUCGACAUUCCCGGGGGCAUUCCCACUUCAGAGGACUGUCUCUUCCUCAACGUGCACACUAAGUCUUUAACAGGCAAAAAGCCUGUUAUCAUCUACUUCCACCCAGGAGGAUUUGUGGCAGGAACAGGAAACAAUGUCUGGAAUGGACCUCAGUACUUCCUGGACCAGGAUAUCGUUCUUGUCACCAGCAACUACAGGCUGGGGCCCCUCGGUUUCAUAAGCACGGGAGACGCUGUGAUGUCCGGCAACUACGGACUCAAAGACCAACUGGAGGCCAUGAAGUGGGUCAAGCAGAACAUUGCAGCCUUCGGAGGAGAUCCUGACUCUGUAACUCUGUUCGGUUACAGUGCUGGAGCUUCGUCUAUACAGAUGCACAUGCUCUCUCCACUGUCCAGGGGCUUGUUUCACCGAGCCAUCACAUCCAGCUGCAGUGCUACUACCCCUGCAGUGAUAGUCAGAGACCCGGCCAGCCUGUCUCGCAGGUAUGCCAAUCUCCUCAACUGUUCCACCGAAACUUCCCACCAGAUCAGGGACUGUCUCUUGCAGAAGUCUGUCGCAGAUAUAUUGGCAGCAGGAGGUCAAAUAUGGGAUACUUUGCAGCCACCGUUCACAAUAUUCGCUCCGGUGGUGGAAAAGCAAGGAGGAGACAAGAGGUUCCUGAGGGAUGAUCCAGUGAAGUUGUUCAAGUCCGGACAAUUUAAUCAAGUCCCUCUGAUCACUGGCAUCACCAGGGACGAGUUUAACUGGAGAGCCCAAUUUCUUCUGACAAACUCUACGUAUGUAAAUCGCAUAAACAACGAGUUCGACGAGAUUGGGCCGUGGGAGUUCCAAUACCCUCGAGAGCCUCGGAGAGUCUCCAAGAGAAUCAGCGCUGCUUUCAAACAGUUUUACUUCAACAACCAGCCAGUGAGCAAUAGCACUGAAGAACAGCUGGGAUGGUUGUAUGCUGACUCCCUCAUCAUCUUCUCUGUAUGGCAAGCAGCCCAACUGAUCGCAGAGAAGAGCUCUGCUCCAGUUUACUUCUACAAGUUUGACUUUGAGGGAAGGUACAGCUACCGAUACCGACUUGGCACACAGAUCCCUUACGGAGUCGGACAUCAUGACGACUUGAUAUAUUUGUUCUACAUCAAACCCUUCUUCCCGCUCUUCAACCAGACUGACCCAGAGGCUUACAUGGUACGCACGCUGACUUCUACCUACGCAAACUUUGCUAAGACCGGGGUUCCAACUCUACCAGACUCCACAAAGCAAUGGAACCCGAUGACCAAGAACCAUCUUCAAUACCUGAACAUCGCCAAGCCUCCGACUAUGAAGCCGGGACUUCCCUACCCUGACCGCAUGCAAGUCUGGGACUCUCAACUUCCUAUAGACGGACCUUACCAUCAGAUCUUCUACUGACGUCAUUGUUGUUGCAUUGUAAUAAUUGACUGAAAAGAAAAAUAAACUUAGUAUCCUUGUGUUUA